CUUAUGGUUGUGGAUAUAUCCUGAAAUUUUUGUGAGAUCUGGGGAAGAGAAAAGAGAAGGCAGAAGGCUAAGCUAAAGUUCUUUGGUUUGGAUGUUGUUCCAAACGAUCCCGAUUUCAACAAAGAAGGGUUGGCCGAUACAGGGAACAAACUUCAAGUUUGUCCGCUUGGAAAAGUAUAAUGUUAUCUCUACUGCAUACGACUACGUCUAUGUAACUUUCAACGCCAAGGAUCCUGUCUCCGGCUCGGUCUUCUCUUUUCAGACCUUGUUAAACGAAGAUUCUUCCCCAGACUGUCCCGUUAUGUGGACUACCUUAGCCUGCAGAAUCAAAUGUGACGAUGCUGUGGAUGAUCAUUGGGACGAUAAGGCAGUAGACGAUUUCUACAAAGAUGCAAUACCCAAAUGGUCGUCUCAUGAAGAAUUGGCUCGUGGCAAUAAAAACUAUUAUGUGGUGCAAGAAUCAGAGUUGCAGGAGAAUGACUGGCUGUAUCUAUUCACCGAAAUUGCGUUCUACUCCAAAACAAAUAACGUGUUGACUGCUCCCCCACCCUUGGAGAUUAAGAGGGUGGUUGUAGUAACUAAAGAAGACACAGAAGAAGGACAUGAGAAGCUGAAAGCCCAAAAUGCAAUCUACUACGUAAGUUACAAGUAUAAUGGUGAAUCUUCAGAGUGGGCACGUGAUCACAAAGCGGUAAUAAGGAAAACCAUGGAUGGGAAGCCAGGACACUUGUAUCUUGAAGUUGUAUCAGCAGAUUGAACUGAAGAAGAAGAAAAGAUUGAUAGGGAUCUGCUCUUUUACAAUACCUAUCAUUAACGCUAUUUAGCUGAAGAAUAAGAACAAUAGACAGAACUGCGGAUCUGCUCCUUUAUAAUUUCUAAGGCUAUUUACUAAUUCUGUCAUGAUAUGUUAAAUGUUUUAUGUUGUGUUUGUCUAAACUAUUUGGAGUAGAACGAGUUGGAUCUAUUAUCAUCGUUAAGGAGAGAUUUCUGUUUGUAAUGCAAUAAUUAGUAUGAGAACGAAUGGUUCAUUGAUCUGUUA